AAAAAUAUAUAUUUGUAAUAUUUGUUUUCAUACAUUAUUUAUGUAUAAAUAAUAUUUUCUUUGCUUGUCCCUGCAAAUUAUUUCGAGCGUCAAAAAAUAAAUAACUACAGUUUUUAUAAUUUGUUACAUCGACUUAUUUUACUAGCAAGUUAUUGUGAUGAUACCACUUUAUGUCAUAAAUGGCAUUGCAUAUGUGUGGAACUCAGAUGACUGGUACGUACUACGCACCCGUCAUAGAAUAUGUGGAGCACUAAUAGGUUCUGCUCCCUCGUUUCCAAGACAAAAUGAUUUUUUGGGAUUACCUAUGGCUUUACUAUCAGAAGAAGCCACACUUUUAGUAGAGAAAGGUUUCUGUGAGUUAUAUGAGCUACCAAAUGUUACUCGGAAACCUUCAAAGGAAGAAAAAGAAAUAGUAAAAAGCCUGGAAGACAAAGUACUUUUAGAACAAAUACAAGAAUUAAAGAGAAGAAAAAUUGAACAGCUUUCACAAAAAAUAGACAUUAUUGUUGCAGGAAAGAAAGAAAAACUGUUAUCCAAAGGCAUAACUGAUACAAGCAUUUUGAACAAACAAGUGUUAUUAGAAGAAGAAAUAAACAAAAUGCCAAAACUAGCUCCGAUUCAUGCAUUGGUCCAUUUACCUACUGAACAUAACUUGAGCACAGAAAAGAAAAAAGUUGACAUCAAUGUCCUGGAACACAGUCCUCAAGGAGAGAAUAAUAUCAAGUACUUGAUUUUUAAGAAUUUGUGGGAAAAAGGUUUUUAUAUUACUGAUGGAUCAAAAUUUGGUUCAGACUAUCUGUUAUAUCCAGGAGAUCCAGUGAAAUUCCAUGCUACAUACAUGGUUAGAUGCAUAUGUGAUAAGGAUACAACUUUUCUUCCUACUAAUAUGGUAACAUUUGGAAGGUUGUCAGUGGCAGUUAAUAAAUUAGCAGUUCUUGCUUAUUGUAAUCCAUUCGGAAGCAUUGAAUACCAAACACUUCAGUGGCAUGACAGUGUGACUCUGUAACAAAAUAAAUAAUAGAAGCCAAAA